CAAGGACACAAUGAAGAGUGACUUUGUGUUGCUCCUUUUCCUCUUGCUAGUCCUUAUACCCUGGCUGGAACAUCCCCAAAACGUUGAAGCCCUGCUAACAGUAUGCAGCCUCCCUCCAGCCAAAGGACCUUGCCCCAACCGUUUGACCCGUUAUUACUAUAACCAUAAUCGCAAACAAUGUGAAUCAUUUGUUUAUGGUGGCUGCCUGGGCAAUGGAAAUAAAUUUCAAACACGUGACAGCUGUGAAAAAAUGUGUGAAGUCUCAAAAGAAAAGCUUCCAAUGCCAGUUCCUCCUACAAGACCAGCGCCAAGUACUCCUGAAAGGCCAAUGCCAGGUCCUCCUACAACAACAAUGCCACGUACACCAAGGCCAAGUCCAUCUCCAGGAUCAGGCCAGGACCAAUCUGUUGCCCGGCUAACAGUAUGCAGCCUCCCUCCAGCCAAAGGACCUUGCCCCAACCGUUUGACCCGUUAUUACUAUAACCAUAAUCGCAAACAAUGUGAAUCAUUUAUUUAUGGUGGCUGCCUGGGCAACGGAAAUAAAUUUCCAACACCUGGUAACUGCGAAAAAAGGUGCAAAGUAUCAAAAGCCUCGCCUACACUAUGCAGCCUUCCCCCAUCCAAAGGACCUUGCCCGAACCGUUUGACCCGUUACUAUUAUAACCAGAAUCACAAACAAUGUGAACCAUUUAUUUAUGGUGGCUGCGAGGGCAAUGGAAAUGCGUUUGAAACACUCGAAAGCUGCGAAAAAUGGUGCAAAGUUUCAAAAGAAGUGCUUCCAACACCCACUACACGACCAGAUGAGGAAACGACCACUGCACCUUCAAUGAAAGACGUCUCCCCUGCAGGCAGAGUAAUUUUGCCUUCAAUAUGCAAACUGCCACCUGAACAGGGGAGAUGUCAGGCAAAUCAUACUCGCUACUACUAUAACAUGGAGAAACAUGCGUGUGCAAAGUUCAUUUAUACUGGCUGCUUGGGUAAUGCAAAUCGAUUUCUCACUGCUGCGAAAUGCAGUCAGAGGUGUAAAAUGAUAACAGGGAUACCUACAAUAUGUACAGUCCCUAAAAAUUCAGGGCCGUGUUCAGAAAAACUUAGCCGCUAUUACUAUAACCAGAAGAGCAAAAACUGCGAGCAAUUCAUUUAUGGUGGCUGCGGUGGCAAUGCCAACAACUUUCAAAGUUCUCAGGAAUGUAAAAAGAUAUGCCUCGUUUAA